UCUUGUUUGGAUGAAUGUUUUGUGGUGGUCCACUCUGACUUGUGUUGAUGGAAGGAGGUCACCCACACACUCCUGAAAACACACGACACAAUGAUGUAUAUCAACCAACACCUGACUGAACACACCCCUCAACAUGUGGGCGCUUCUGCAGAGACUUUCAGUGGAAACAUCACCAAAUGUGAAGAGAAGAAGCCAGACGAGUAAAAGAACAUCAGAGUUCGUUGGUCUUGUUUUUAACCAAAACAAAAGGUAAAGCGUUUAACACCACGCGUUCCGUGCGCCCCGCCUCACCUCCAAAGCCCUCCGAGCCGCCUGGAGAAGCUCGGCUUCUCACUCCCCGCUGUUCGGAUUUCAAAGCCAGGAGGGGGUGGGGUCUCUGGCCUGACAAAUACCUCUCCUCCUGCCGUUUUAAUACCUACACUCCAUCCCUCCACCACCUCAUUCCAGCAGCGAGUCAAAGCGAGGGGAGGUCACGGAGCGGGACAGACAGGACGCAUUUUCACGUCCAGGCGCCCAUUCCUCAGUCAGGGCUUCUCUGAGAGUCCGGGAUAAACUUCAGCAAACUGUGACCUCACCUUUCGUACCCGGGACAUCGUGUGUGUGUGUGUGUUACGGGACUUCUUGUGCCUUGCCUGCCUUACCUGUCCCAUCCGCCCGUCCUCGGUGCGUCGUGUCCGGCCAGCAGCGUCCCCAGUUUUCAUCCAGUUCCAGCCGAGUCCUGCUGUGAGCGACUGUCUGCUAGAUCGCUAUCGUCAGGAUGAAGAUGAGACAGCUCAGAGGACUGUGUGGCUUCGUUCUGUUGACCCUGGCCGUCCUCGCUAGCGCCAGGCCAAAAGCAGGUCCUGAACAGAAAUGUAAGUCUGGCCCAGUGGAUCUGGUCUUCCUCAUCGACAGCUCCCGCAGUGUGAGGCCACAUGAGUUUGAGACCAUGAGGAAGUUCAUGAUUGACAUCCUGGACACUCUGGACAUUGGACUCAAUGCCACCAGAGUGGGAGUGGUCCAGUACUCCAGCCAGGUCCGCACUGAGUUCUCUCUGAAGACCCACGCCAAGCUGGACGCCAUGGUGAAAGGCAUCAAUCAGAUCAUUCCCCUCGCUCAGGGCACCAUGACCGGCCUCGCCAUCAAAUACGUGAUGAAUGUAGCCUUCACUGCUGAGGCGGGAGACAGGCCGAAGGUCCCCAACGUGGCUGUGAUCGUGACAGACGGACGUCCUCAGGACCGCGUGGCGGAGGUGGCGGCUGAGGCCAGAGACAAAGGCAUUGAGAUCUAUGCCGUGGGCGUGGCCAGAGCUGAUAUGACAUCACUGAGGGCAAUGGCGUCUCCACCCUUUGAAGACCAUGUCUUCCUGGUGGAGUCCUUCGACCUCAUUCACCAGUUCGGACUGCAGUUCCAGGACAAGCUCUGCGGUGUGGAUCUGUGUCUGGAGUCAGAACACGGCUGCGAGCACAUCUGUGAAAGCUCCCCGGGCUCGUACCACUGCUCGUGUCUGCCUGGAUACACUCUGAACGACGACGGGAAAACGUGUGCAGCCAUCGAUCUGUGCACUGAGGGAAAACACGACUGCGAACAAAUCUGUGUCAGCUCUCCUGCUUCCUUCACCUGCGACUGCAACAAAGGAUACAAACUGAAUGAGGACAAGAAGACCUGCUCAAUGAUCGACUACUGUUCGUUUGGGAACCACAGUUGUGAUCACGAGUGUGUGAGUGUGCUCAAUGGCUAUCACUGCCGCUGUAACGAGGGAUACAGGCUGCUGGAUGACGGCAAGACGUGUCAGGCCAUCGACUUGUGCGCUGAGGGGAAACACGACUGUGAACAAAUCUGCGUCAGCGCACCUGGCGUCUUCACCUGCGACUGCAAUGAAGGAUACACACUCAAUGAGGACAAGAAGACCUGCACACCCAUCGACCUGUGUGCCGAGGGGAAACACGACUGUGAACAGAUCUGCAUCAGCGCGCCUGGCGUCUUCAGCUGCGACUGCAACAAAGGAUUCAAACUGAACAAAGACAAGAAGACCUGCACGAACGUGGAUCUGUGUAACACUGUGGAACAUGGCUGUGAGCACCAGUGUGUGAGCACUCCAGGAUCUUAUUACUGCAUCUGUCCAGAGGGACAACUGCUGCAGGAGGAUGGCAAGAGCUGCGGCACCUGCAAGUCUGGAAACAUCGACCUGGUGCUCCUGAUCGACGGCUCCAAGAGCGUCCGCCCUCAGAACUUUGAGCUGGUCAAAAAGUUUGUGAACCAGGUCGUGGACUCCCUGGACGUGUCUGCUCACGGCACCAGAGUUGGUCUGGUUCAGUACUCGAGCCGGGUCAGGACUGAGUUCCCUCUCAACAUGUACCACACUGCAGAGGAGAUCAAAGCUGCAGUCAUGAAGAUCGAGUACAUGGAGAAAGGCACCAUGACGGGUCUGGCCCUUAAGCACAUGGUGGAGAACAGCUUCUCAGAGGCAGAGGGUGCUCGUCCCGCCAGCCGCAACGUCCCCCGAAUUGGACUGGUGUUCACGGACGGACGCUCCCAGGACGACAUCACAGAGUUCGCCAAGAAGGCCAAAGAAGCUGGUAUCACCAUGUACGCUGUGGGCGUUGGAAAAGCUGUGGAAGAUGAACUUCGUGAGAUCGCGUCUGAGCCUGUGGAGAAACAUUUCUACUACACCACCGACUUCACCGCCAUCAGCACCAUCGCCGAGAACCUCAAGCUCAACGUCUGCCCAGAGGAGAGUCAGGGGGAGAUUGAGGUGAAGGAUCCGUGUGCCUGUGAGAGUCUGGUGGAGUUCCAGCAGGCCACCAUUAGCAGCCUGGAGCAGCUCACACAGAAACUGGCGGGGAUGACUGCUCGUCUGGAGCAGCUGGAGAACCAGCUUCUCUCCAGGAAGUGAUCUGGCCGUCACAGCGAGCGAACGAGACACCACAGAGGAAGAACAACAGACUGAGGAGGAGGAGGAGGAGGAGGGCACAUCCUGACACGACCGUUUAAAGGGGAAAUCAGAAACCCCCUUGAAUCAACGGACAAAACCAAAGUGCCUUUUCACAAAGCCUUUGCAGCCUUCACUUGGCCUGUCGCUCUUCACGAGGACGACUUUUAUCUGAAAGCCUGUGAUACAGAAUCAUAUUCCUGGUAUCGACGUAAACGACAUAAUGUGUACACUUUUUUGUCUUCACUUUCUAAGAUUCUCCUCUGGGAGUUCAAACAAGCAGACUUAAGGCUAAAUUCCAUGUCACAUGUUAGACUUGGUCUGUGCAGCACAAAGCGGACCUGGGCUCUGCUCGGGAACCAGAGGGAACCGGAUUACUGUUUAGACACAAGCACAAAAUAUUAUUCAGUGAAAACGGUAGCCUCACACACACACACACACACACGUUUCUCUUAGUGCUGUUUAUAUUUGAUCUGUUUUGUACGCUUUGUUGAAUAUGAUGUAUUUAUAGCAGAUUGUUUGUUCCACAGUAGAACAGCAUAUUUUUAAAAAAGGAAUCAGAAGAAUGAAGUGUUGUUACAACUCCCAGCGUUAAACGGCUCACUUUCGCUCACAGUCUGCCCAUAGGAACCAGCUCUGAUCACAGAUCUCACUGGCUCCGCAGUGCGAGGACUGUCGUGAGACAUUUCCUCUAACUUAAGAGGCUAAAUCUGUGUUCUGUCGCCGAGGAGACAAUGUGACGACGUGGCCUUUCGUCCGGUCUUUGCUCUGCGACGUGCCUGAGUGUUCUCGGAGGGAAAUCCAAAAACCCUGCUCAGGUGGUUCGCUUUACGUUUUGGCUGGAGAUCCUGUCGGUCUUCACCCUGACGCCUUUCCUGACCCGCCUGUCCAGAUCGAGUCACACUUGCAGAGCGAGAGGCCUCGCUGGGUGCUGUAUGUAAAUUUAUGACCACCUUAACACUAGAUUGUCUCAUUCUUGUAGUUUUGUAUAAAAAAAAGACUUUGUAUGCCCCUUUAUAUAUGAAUACCUUUAUGUUGUUUUUUUUUGUAUAUUUUCUUAUAACUUUUCCCUUUUUGUACUUUAUCUGAUGAAUCCUUGUAUCACGGCUCAGAAGGCAAUAAAAAAGUGAAUCUUUACUGUAACUGAGUGCC